AUGUCGGUGGCGAUGGUAGAUGAGCCAAAUUGGUGCAUGGCUGUUUUGUUGGAACUAGAAGACUCGUGGAAUCGAUUUGAAGAUGUUCUGAAGAUGUUCUGUUAUUGUAAAACCGAUCCAAAGAAUCGCGGAAUGGCACAAGAGCCAAGUCGCCAGAUGAGGCAGAGUGAAGAUCAGAUGUUCCACUUUACGAUCAUGUGA